AUGAUCGGUUAUAUAUUCAUCAUCAGCUCUGUGGACUCUUUGAUUCGUUUGUUGAACGGGCCUACUCGUCAGUAUCGACGUAUUAGACGCACGAUUGAUCAGGAAAAACGGUUGGUGAAACGUCGUUUAAUAGCCAACAUAGAUGCCACCCAAGAACAUUCCCGCCACCACUUAGAAGCGGCCAUGUUCGAGGUUGUGGCGAAUACGACCGAGCGGCUUCAGCCGUUAAUGCGUAAUAAUGUGGAAGGCGCACCGUGCACCAAUAGGGAUCUUCCGCACGAGCACAUGCGAUCCGAACACUAUGCGGUACCGAUGGGUUCAACGCACCAGCAUCACUACCAACCGGAAAAAGCGUUUCGUCAGUCCCGAUCGCAUGCUUUUCUUCUCCUCAUAGCCAUGGGAAACUUGUCCAUCGUGUAUUCCGAAUAG